AUGUGCUGUAAUGGGGGAAAAGUCUCUCUUCCCCGAGUAAAUGCUCCUCAGGAAUUGCUUGAAAUCUUCUUGGACCCCUCUGCAGAAGGAAACCAUUUUAGAAAAGAUAUUCGUGGAUACAAUCAUGUAUUUUCCUUCACUUCGUGUGGUGUGCACAUAGACGAACAACUGGCUAUAACAGGUCGUGGUAUAUAUACAUUUCGUGCUCAAGGCUCAAUAUAUCACAGUAUAGGAGGAUUUCAUCCGGAUCAGGGCACGCGGCCACGGUUUUUGCAACUGUACAUAUAUGAUACUGAUCACGAGUUGCAGAAUAGGAUGCUGGAGAACACACAACUACAUGAAACAUUAGUUUUCAAGUUACAACAAUUGCUACACCGGUAUAAUCCUUUUCUCCAUGUGUUUCGCCAGCUUGCACAACGGUCAGAUGUACAUGAGUGUAGUUUGGUCAUUAGAGAGCGACCUGCUAAUCAGCCACAAUAUAGUCUUUCAACUGCGUCGCAGGUAGCAGCCAUAAUUGUUGGUGAUGACAUUGAAACAAUGAUUCGUGGGCGAGAUAUUAAGGUGCAAACUCAUGCUGGUAGCCUACGAAGGAUUCAGGAAUUCGUUGGCUAUUACGAUCCACUACAAUAUCCUCUUCUUUUUCCAUUUGGAACUCAUGGAUGGGAUAUCAAUACCCGAAGUCAAAGUGGCGGCAAAGUAUCGUGCCGAACAUAUAAUAGUUAUAUGCUCCAGAUCCGCCCCGAUGAUCAUUCCACCGUAUUGCAAGCAGGACGACUACUACAACAAUAUGUUGUUGAUAACUAUGUGAAAAUUGAAACCAGAAAGUUAAGAUGGGUUCGAAAUAGACAGAAGAAAUUAUGGGCUGAAUUAUACCAAGGUUUACAAGAUGCUUUGCACACAGGAGAAACUAAUGCAGAAAAUGUUGGAAGAAAAAGAACAAUAUUACCAUCGUCGUUCAUUGGUAGCCGUCGCGACAUGACCCAACGAUAUGAAGAUGGAAUGGCGAUUGUUCUUAAAGAGGGAAAGCCAGAUAUUUUUCUCACAAUGACAUGCAAUCCAUCUUGGACUGAAAUAACUUCAGAACUCAACCCAGUUCAAACUCCACAAGAUCGUCCAGAUCUAACAACAAGAAUUUUUCGAGCCAAAUUUGAACAGCUGAAAGAGGAUGUAAUUACUAAGGGUGUCUUGGGAAAGGUGAAGAGCUAUAUUUAUGUCACUGAGUUUCAAAAAAGAGGGUUGCCACAUGUACAUAUGUUGCUAAUCUUAGAAAACAAUGACAAGUUAAUUGACCCGGAGCAUUAUGAUAGUUUGGUACGUGCAGAGAUACCAUCUAAAGAAGUAGAACCACACCUACAUGAUGCUGUGCUAAAACAUAUGAUUCAUGGUCCUUGCGGUACACUUGAUCAAUCUUCACCCUGCAUGAAAAAUGGCAAAUGUAAACGCAACUACCCAAAAGAGUUCGCAGCAGAAACACGAAGAGGUGACGACUCAUAUCCGCAAUAUAGGCGACGAUUCGACACUCCAGUACAAAUUAACCAAAAUGUCACGGUUGACAAUAGAUGGGUAGUUCCGUACAACCCUUGGCUACUACUAAAGUAUGAUUGCCAUAUUAAUGUUGAGAUAUGUAGUAGCAUCAAGAGUAUAAAAGGCAUGUUGGAGAAUAUUUAA